AUGCUAUUGAAAUGGAACAAGGUCAAGGAUCUCAUCAAAGAAGCAGAACGAUCCACUGGAAGCACGCCCGUUCACGUGGCCGCAUCAUGGGGGAAGUCUGCGGUGGUUAGAUUACUGCUGGACGCUAACCCAUCCGCAGCAUAUCAGCCAGACACCAACGGAUCGUUUCCCAUACAUGUGGCCGCGGCCACAAACAAUGUUAAGACUGUCUCCAUCUUGCUCCACGGCCGCCAGGACUCCACCGAGCUACGCGAUGCCAAGGGCAGGACCUUUCUCCAUGUCGCCGUCCAAGCGGAGGGUUGGGACGUGGUCAGGCACGCUUGCAAGAGCCAUACAUUUUCAUCGUCCUUCAUGAACAUGCAGGACGAAGAAGGCAAGACCGCACUGCAUCUAGCUGUUGAGGUCGGGAAUCUACAGAUCUUCAAUCGCCUGUUCACAAACCGACACGUCAAGCUGAAUCUCAUAAACAACAUGGGGCAAACACCACUUGAUAUUUCAUCCAUCAAGAAGCCCAGAGGGGUUCAUCACCAAUAUUUAGGAGACAAGAGAAUUAGGAUACAUCGGCUGCUACGUCAUGUCGGUGCCCAGAGUGGUGCUUUCCGACAGGAUCACUUCCGCGAAGAACACGUUGGUAGCCUUGAUGAAAAGGAACAAGAGAAGAAGAUAUCCGAUUCCUCGCAGACCCUGGGCAUUGGCUCCGUGCUGAUCGCGACGGUAGCGUUCACCGCAGCCUUUGCCUUGCCUGGCGGCUACCGAGCGGAUGACCACAAGAAUGGCGGCACGCCGAUGCUCGCUGGGCACUACGCCUUCGACGUGUUCAUCAUCGCCACCACGCUCGCGUUCAUCAGCGCGAUCGCAUCCCUCUCAUUUCUCAUGUACGCAGGGAUUAGCAUGGUCGACACACGCACCCGCUUGCGCUCCUUCAACAUCUCCCUGGCAUUCAUGGCAGGCUCAUCGAGGAGCCUCGGCGCCGCCUUCACAUUCGGGCCUUACUUGGUGCUUGCCCCAGUCGCGCACACCACAGCUGUUGUGUCUUGCGCGAUCACGACUCUGAUGGCGUUGGUAGACAUUGUUUGGUUGAUCGUGUUUAUGGCCGCAAGUGAGCUGACGGUCAUUAAGAGGCUUGGAGUUGGUCAAGCAUGGUGGAGACUACCAACUAUGCUUCUACAAAUAUUGCUUUGGCAGUUUUGGCCGUACAUCGUGAUAGCUGGCGUGGUGACCUAUUCCAGGAGUAAGAGAAUGCACUGACAUGAAAUGGAAGGGGUUCAAUGUUGCUCGACCUCCACAGGAACUUUCUGGAAAUG